GCCCUUCCCUCUCCAUUUUUACCCGCAAAUUCCUUCCUUCUUCUUCUACCUCUGAAAACCCUCUACAACUAUGCCGGCAACAGAAUACCAAGGCUCCUUCCUUGGCCGAAUCAGCAUCCGUAGAAACCAAGUCAUCUCCAUGGACGGCACUCACGAGCAGGAGCUUGAGGAUCUCGAGCUUUUUCAGAAGCAGGUUUCCGAGCGGUUUUCCGAUUUACUAACUCCUCCGCCGUCCGAUGACGUUUCUUCCGAUCCUAUCCUCUCCAUCGCCUGGCUUAGAAAGCUUCUCGAUUACUUCCUCUGCUGCGAGGCUCAAUUUAAGGCACUCCUCAUUAUGAGCCGCGAUCCUUCUCAGAUUGUUAAGCCCCCUCUCGAUCGUCUCGUCCCGGAAUUUCUCGAUCGUGUUGUUAAAGCUUUGGAUAUCUGUAAUGCCGUUCUCCACGGGAUUGAAUCGGUCCGAAAGUUUCAGAAAGUCGCUGAAAUCGCGAUUUCCGCUCUCGAUCAGCGCCCGAUUGGGGACGGACAGGUUAAACGAGCGCGUAGGGCUUUGAAUUCGUUGAUUACUUCCAUGGCUGUUGAGGAUAAGGAUUUUACCAACAGUAAAUCGACUGAGAGGGCUUGGUCUUUCGGCCGUCGUGGAAGUGGUGCUCCUGGCACCGGUACCGCCACACCGCAGCAUAAGGACCGAAUCGCAGGGCAAUUUCGGUCUCUGUCAUGGAGUAUGGCGAAAGGAUGGUCCGCGGCAAAGCAGAUUCAAGCGAUGUUGUCGAAUCUGGUAGCGCCGCGCGGUGGUGAGUCGUCUAGUUUGCCGCAGACUGUUUAUCUAAUGAGUACGGUUUUGGUGUUCGUAAUGUGGACUCUAGUUGCAGCGCUGCCUUGCCAGGAGAGAGGCGGCCUGCCGACGAACUUUCCGGUGCCGAAGCAGUUGAGUUGGGCGCAAUCGAUGAUCGGACUACAGGAGAAAAUCGCAGACGAAUGGAAAAAGAAGGAGAAGAAAGGAAGUGCUGGAUUGUUAGAAGAGAUGCAACGGAUGGAGAAACUGAGUCAAUCGUUGAUCGAAUUCACAGAUUCAUUCGCAUUCCCGUUGGAAGGGGAGCGGCUGGAGGAGGUGGCGGGGAUGACGGCGGAACUGGCGGAGACGUGCAAGAAACUGGAGGAGGGAUUAGUGCCUUUACAGCAACAAAUCAGAGAAGUUUUUCACAGAGUCGUGAGAAGCAGGACAGAGAUUCUUGAGCUUUUGGAGUUUACUGCAAAAGCAACCUCGCCAAUUGGGUAAACAGAAAUCAAAGAAGAAGACGCCAUUAACACGCCAUGGUUACUGCUAAAGGAGCUUCAAAACUCACGUAUGAAUUCCAGCUUUUUCUCGAAGCAAUCAAAACCCAGGUAGAUUUUGUAAGACUUGUUCUUUUUUCAUCUCUCUUUUGGGGAUUAUUUCUUACUAGUCUCUAAUUUUGUUUUUCUUUUUUCUCUCUCUUGAAAAUUCCUUUUUAUUUUAGAAAAAGGAAUUUAUAAUUGUGGUAAUCUGCAGAUGUAAUUGUGAUGAAGUAUAUGGUUUGCUGAAAUUGAAAUAUAUAAUUAUAGUUUAUGCUUA